AUGUUGAUCAUCCGCAGGGGUAUCAUCAACUCCUACGGAGUGUUUCAGACAUUCUACGAGGGAGACUUUCUCCAAGAUACUGCUCCAUCAAAGAUUUCGUGGGUUGGUUCUUUGCAAUCGUUCCUGAUUAUGUUCCUCGGUGUCCUGUCGGGACCGAUAUACGACGCCGGAUAUGCGAUGCCACUGCUGUUUGUUGGUUCGUUUCUCGUGGUCUUCGGCCACAUGAUGCUCAGUUUGUGUCAUACCUUUUGGCAGGUUCUUUUGGCACAGGCAUUUUGCGUAGGUAUUGGCGGCGGUCUCAUUUUCGUUCCCAGCAUCGCGAUUCUUUCGACAUAUUUUACGACAAGAUUGCCCCUGGUCGUCGGCAUCGCCGCCGCCGGAUCGAGCAUCGGCGGCGUUAUUUACCCGAUCCUGAUCCACCGGCUACUUAACAUGGUUGGGUUUGGAUGGGCGACUCGCGUUGCUGGCUUUGUCGCCCUGUUCGGACUGAGCAUCUCUGCGUUAGUCCUCAGAGUGCGUACCCUUCCUGCCAGUCGCCGGAAAUUAAUUGAUGGGGCGGCUUUCCGCGAAACCCCGUACACACUUUGCAACAUCGGUCUGUUCCUCUGCUUCAUGGGUCUCUAUACGCCCUUUUACUAUAUCCAGUCGGUGGCGAUUGAAAAUAAUAUAACAUCAGCGACUUUGGCGUUCUAUUUAGUGCCCAUCCUGAACGCAACAUCGACGUUCGGCCGGCUAGCGUCAGGAUAUAUCUCCCGAUGGACUGGGCCACUCACCAUUCUUGUUCCCUGCGCUAUUCUCUCGGGCAUCCUCGUUCUCUGCAUCAUCGCUGUCAAGACACAAACGACCUUAUUUGCCAUUUGCGCGUUGUAUGGGUUCUUUUCAGGGUGCCUUGUCUCUCUCAUGGGCCCCAUCCUCGUCAUGCUUUCUCCGCACCGUGGAGUCACUGGAACAAGGAUGGGUAUGUGUUUCACUUUAUUGGGGGUGGCAUUGCUGGUUGGAACGCCCAUCGCUGGUGCGAUCUUGGAUGCGCAUGGUGCCAAUAUGGUCUGGGUGUAUAGUGGCGUCUUGACACUUUCCGGGGGAGCGAUACUAGGUGCUGCUCGGAUGAGUCUGGUAUCCCGGAAAGGCAGUGCGACUAAUUAA